UUUCGGGGUUUAGGAAUGCCAUGGACUACGGGCGCGGCAAGUCUGUAUGUUGAGAAAAAAAAAGCCCAAUCGAGCCCAGCGCUGCAGCGCAGCCCAAAGCACCGUUCCUCUUCUUCUUCGUCACUUUCAUUGGUUUUUGAUCUCUCUGUAAAAAAAAGGACUUUUCGGUUCUUCCUUCGGAUCGAAGCCAGCCAACCCACCUCCCUCUUUCUCUCCACCAACCGCUUGAGCUCGAGCCCAUCCGCCACCGCCGCCGCCUCCUCCUCUUCGGCUGCCCGACGACCGGUGCAUAGGUAUUUCCAGGGUUCAAAAGGGGUUGACCUUCUGGUUUGCAAUAUGUAUUUUGAAGGCUAUGGUUACCGUGGAAGUACGUUUGAGCAGACCUAUCGCUGUUACCCUGCAUCUUUCAUUGACAAGCCCCAGCUUGAAACUGGUGACAAAAUUAUCAUGCCACCUUCAGCACUUGAUCGUCUUGCAUCUCUGCAUAUUGAAUAUCCUAUGCUAUUUGAAGUCCGCAAUACAGCUGCAGAACGUGCUUCGCACUGUGGUGUUUUAGAGUUCAUUGCAGAAGAAGGCAUGAUCUACAUGCCAUAUUGGAUGAUGCAAAAUCUUCUUCUGCAAGAAGGUGAUAUGGUGUUUAUAAAAAAUGCCAACCUCCCAAAGGGCACAUAUGUGAAGCUGCAGCCUCAUACAACCGACUUCUUAGAUAUUUCAAACCCCAAAGCAAUCUUGGAGAAAACUUUGCGGAACUACUCUUGUCUAACCACUGGUGACAGCAUUAUGGUUGCGUACAAUAACAAGAAAUACUACAUUGAUAUAGUUGAAACAAAGCCUUCCAGUGCUAUAAGUAUAAUUGAGACCGAUUGUGAGGUUGAUUUUGCCCCACCACUUGACUAUAAAGAGCCUGAGCGGCCAAAACCUACUGCCCCUCCUACUGCAGCACCCACUGCAGAGGCUGAAGCCGAAGAGGAACCAAUGUUCACUCCCUUCACUGGUCCGGGAAGGCGCCUGGAUGGGAAGCCUUCUAAAGAUCUGGAUGCGUCAGGCUCAUCCCCUGCCAAGCGGCAAGCCAAUGCAACCAACAGCGUGCAGCCCUCAACAGCCUCCACAUCACAGAGCACUGCACCACGUAAAACCACUGGUAAACUUGUCUUUGGCUCAGGGGGAAACCAGUCAUCAAAGGAAACAGACAAGGUACCGGAAAAGGAUGCAGAGGAGGACCCAAAGAAAGAAGAGCCCAAAUUAUCAGCGUUUACGGGAAAGAAGUACUCGUUGAAGGGCUGAAUAGACAGACAAUGUGUAGUUACGAGUACUCCCGGUGAUGAACAUCAUUAGGGAGAAGAGUACGACCUUCUCCUAUUUAUUUAUCUCUGAUCCCUUUCAAAUCUUCUUUUUCUGUCAACUGUGUUCCUUUACCAGCCACUGUGGAUAAGUUCAACUCAUUCUGUAAAAAUUAUUUUAAUCUGUGCCCUUGGACUUUUAGCAAGCUUAUGCAUAUUUUCUUUGUCA